AUGGUUGGUAAAAAUAUAUUCAGGAGUGAUAAAAUCAGGUUGAAACUAAAAUCCUUUAGUGACUUCCUCCGAACAAAAACGAAAUUUCAGGUGAAAUUCUUCCUCAUCAGUGUCGUCGGAAGUUUGAUAGGACUGUUUGGCUUAUUCGGAAAUGCAUCGACUGCACUUAUUCUUACAAGGCCAUCGAUGAGAAAUCCGAACAAUUUGUUUCUGACGGCACUGGCCGUCUUCGAUUCCUGCCUUCUGAUCACCGCUUUCUUCAUCUACGCCAUGGAGUAUAUCAUUGAAUAUACACAGGCGUUUAAUCUGUACGUUGCCUGGCUGACCUAUCUACGGUUCGCGUUCGCUCUUUCGCAUAUCUCACAAACGGGUAGCGUCUACAUCACCGUCUCGGUGACAAUUGAACGUUACUUGGCAGUCACUAUGAAUCCACUAUGUCCUGAUGGAAAGGAUUGGCAAAGUUAUAUUUUACUGCCAUCAAUGAUGGCUGCUAAUCCACUUUAUCAACAGGUCUACGCGCUGUGGUUAACGAAUAUUGUGAUGGUUUUUCUUCCAUUCCUGACACUUCUCGUGUUAAACGCCUACAUAGCGUAUACAAUUCGAAAAAGUCUAGAAAAGUUAGACGACCAUCAUGACAGAGUACCCGACCGUAGUCAGCUGAAGGAGAAAAGUAGACAGGCCACAUUGGUUUUGGUUAUGAUUGUAUGUAUUUUUCUAAUUUGUAACUUUUGGGGAUUUGUUCUCACACUUCUCGAGCGAAUCGUCGAUCAUGAAACUCUGAUGAUCAAACAUCACGCCUUCUACACAUUUUCUCGUGAAGCUAUCAAUUUUCUGGCCAUCAUAAAUUCGUCAAUUAAUUUCGUUAUUUAUAUUAUAUUCGGAAAAGAUUUCAGGAGAGAACUGGUCGUUGUAUACGGUUGUGGAGUACGUGGUGUCAGCAUAAGAUUACCGGUAAUUGAUAAGUUUCAUAUUUGGCGAAUAUGGAACAAAAGGGCAAAAGAGCCACGAUGUUUUGUCUGUCUGCGCCGACGAGGUAGUCGCAGGUGUGAUAAGCCUUCAUCAAUAUCGACCCAUGAAUUUUCUGCGUUGGAUGGUUUGGAGCAGACGCAGCUAUCCGAAGAAUCACUACCUGAACGAAACGCAACAGAUGCAGAGACCGACAUCGUGCCGAUACGAAACAAAAAAAAUGAACCAGUUAGAAUUAUUUUAUUGGAACCGAUAAACGGUACAGCUGGAAGAAAAACAGUGCUCACACUUUACUCGACGGUCGACGAUGAGAUGCCCGAACAUAUCUUAUUCACAUCUGAAGAGGGAACGCUGUGUUAA